AUGCCUUCUAAUGCACUUUCAGUAUAUUCAAACCUCAACAUAAUUCUUCUCAUCUUAACAACAAUACUUGUAUCAGAUGUUUCAGUCACACUAGCUCUAAACCGAACCACAAACAUAGGAGCGAUCAUCGACGAAGGUUCUCGAGCAGGCAAAGAACAAAAAACAGCAAUCGAAAUCGCAGUCCAAAAGCUCAAUUCUGGUUCCAAAGAUGAUCGCAAGCUUGCUAUUCAUUUCAAAAACUCUAGUGGAGACCCUCUUGAAGCUGCUUCAGCAGCAAAAGAUUUGAUUGAAAAACAAAAUGUACGGGUAAUAAUCGGGACAGAUUCAUGGGAGGAAACUACCAUAAUAGCAAAAACAGGACAAAAUGCUCAAAUCCCGGUUCUUUCUCCAGCCACGAUCACAAAUUUACAACCUAUAUCGCAUAGUCUUCAAUGGCCAUUCUUGGUACAAAUGACCAAUCUAGAUAUGUCGGAUGAGAUAAACUGCAUAACGUCUAUCGUUCAAGCAUAUAACUGGAAAAGGGUUGUAGUGGUUUAUGAAGACAACAUAUAUGGUGGUGAAUAUGGGGCUAUAUCAUUAUUAUCCGAGUCACUACAAAAGAUUGGUUUCAUGAUUGAAAGCCGUGUGGUUGUUCCUCAUUUUACUUCAUCAUUCGAUCCAAAAGAGACCAUUCGUGACAAUUUAGUGGAAGUCUUGACAACGAUGCAAUCAAGGGUUUUCAUUGUGUUGAAGUCUUCUUUACAGUCCACAACCCGGGUAUUUGAAGAGGCUAAUAAGUUAGGACUAAUGGGCCAAGACUCUGUUUGGAUUCUAGGAGAUGGUUUUUCAAGUUUGCUUGAUUCUAUAGACCCUUCGGUUGUUCAACUCGUGCAAGGUGCUAUAGGCAUUAAGACGUUCUAUUCUGACAAAGAUACAAAAUUUCUAGACUUCAAAUCUAACUUCAAGACGAUAUUUAGAUCAAACUAUGCCACAGAAGAUAAAUUUGAGCCCGGAAUUUAUGCUUUACGAGCAUAUGAUAGCAUAGAAACUAUCUCGCAAGCAUUACAUCAUUUAGAGAAUUUAAGCGAUACUAGCAGUGAAUUCUCAGAGAAGUUGCUAGACGCAAUUCUAUCUAGCGACUUCUCUGGUUUGACCGGUAAGAUAGCUUUUCAAGAUGGAAAGCUAUCAGACCGUCAAAUAUUUCAACUAGUAAACAUUGUUGGAAAAAGUUACAAAGAGUUGGGAUUUUGGUCAGAUGAGACAGGUUUUUCCAGUAAUCUUGGAUCGCAAGAUAAACUUAACCCAAGACAAUUAGCCAUAAAUUGGCCUGGCAAUUUAAUACAGAGAUAUCCUAAGGGAUGGGCAAUGCCGAAUAAUGCUAAGAAAAUGAAGAUUGGGGUUCCAGAUCAGACAUCGUUUGAUAGAUUCGUGAAAGUGGAACGGGUGAAGAGUUCAAACGAGACAAGAUAUUCUGGUUUUUGUAUCGCAGUUUUUGAGGCCGUGGUUGCCACUUUGGGAAAGCGAUAUGGUUACACGUUAACUUAUGAGUUUGUAAACCAUUCAGGCUCCUACGACGAUAUGGUUAAACAAGUCUACUAUAAGAGCUAUGAUGCUGUUGUGGGUGAUGUUACGAUACUGGAAAAUCGUUCAAGGUACGUUGACUUUACACAACCCUUUACUGAGUCAGGGUUGUCAAUGGUAGUGCCCGUGAAAUCAGAACCGCAAAGGGCAUGGAAGUUUAUGAGACCAUUCACAGUGGAGAUGUGGUUAGCCACAUUUGGCAUCUUGUUCUACACAAUGUUCGUGAUCUGGUUCAUGGAACAUCAAGUGAACCAAGAGUUUAGAGGACCAUGGAAGGAUCAACUUGGAACUGCGUUGUGGUUCACGUUCUCUUCUCUUUUCUUUGCUCAUAAAGAGAAGAUACGAAGCAAUCACAGUAAGGCGGUCGUUGUGAUGUGGCUAUUUGUCGUGUUCAUUUUAACCUCUAGCUACACUGCCAGCCUGACUUCAACACUCACGGUUCGUAUGCUAGAGCCCACGGUGAGGGAUAUAGAGUGGAUAAGAAAAACUAAUGCACCAGUGGGAUGUGAUCCUGAUUCGUUUGUGGGCAAGUACUUAAGGGAGGUUCUACAUCUGAGUAACAUCAAGAAUAUAUCGACCCAGGGUGAAUACCCGGGCAACUUUAAAAGCGGAAACAUAACUGCUGCCUUUCUCGAACUCUCUUAUCAGAAAUACUUUCUCCAAGAGUAUUGCAACGAGUACAAAGCUGUUGGACCUUCGUACAAGUUUGGAGGUUUAGGCUUUGUCUUUCCAAAGGAUUCUCCAAUAACGGAUGAUGUCUCGCAAGCUAUUUUAUAUCUCUUGGAAGAAGGCAAGAUUCGCGACCUGGAAAAAGAAUGGCUUGAUAACUCCCAAAGCUGCACCAAUUCCAAUCCCGGGUUGGAAUCAGAAAGACUAAGCCUCGCUAACUUUUGGGGAAUAUUCCUCAUUUCGGCUCUUGCUUCAACUAUAAACUUACUAAUUUUCCUUUACCGGCUACUACAUAACCGCAUUGAGCAACGGAUUAUUAGCUUUAAUGGCUCUCGUUAUUCCAACGAAAGUCGCUGGAGAAGAGCAGUCAGACUUAUUCGAAUAGUGCUUAGCUUGAAUCAUAAUCAAAUCCAGCCAAGACAAAGUCCAGAAUCAAUGAACCAAUGGGAUGGAAGGAACCCACCAAGAUGGGAAUUAGUAAGCCCCACUGAGGUCCCCGAGCAUUUGGAAAUUGGCAGACCUACUCAACUAGAAUUACCGAUGAGAAAAAUGGAUCAUAUUGGAGAAGAUUUCCAAUUGGAAUGAGAAGACAUAGUCCGAAGAGGAUUAGAUGUUUUAAAUCAGAAUUAACUAUAGCGUAGUACAUAUAAGAAUUAGAAAACUUCAUUAACAUAUCAUGUAUUCUUUCACAAAAUUCAUUUGUCGAUAUCUAUAUCUAUACAUGUAUGAAGUUUGAUAAUUUUUUU